AUGACUGCGACACCAAAGAAACUGGUCCACUGGACACUGGACGUCUCGCUUUCUGAAUUUGGCUCUCCUUUCUCCGAGGCAACGUCGUCGGACUCUAUCUCCUCGACUUCGAGCGUGCAGUAUAUCAACUCUCAGCUUAUCGCUCAUGGCUAUACGGAGAAUCCUGGACUAUCUUUGGAAGGGUUAGGAAAGGACGACGCGAAUAAGGUCGUGAAAUGUCUGCUCGGAAUGUUGAGCCAACGAGUGAACGAUAUGUCUAGGACAGAAGACUUGACAACAAAGAUUAGGACCAUGUCUUACGAUAAUGAACGCCUCAUGUCCAUGUAUCAAGCCGCCACGGAGAGAGCUGCCCACGCAGAACGAGAAAUGAAUCUCCACAAGUCUCGUCUGGCAGCAGCUACGCGCAACCUUCAGUCCACCGAGGUCGCGCACAAGCACACGACGGCUGAAUUGCAGCGCACUCGUACGUCACUGCAGGCCAUACGCACAGCACACCAGACCGAGAUCAAAAAACUGGACAAGGAGAAGGAGCGCAUGGUCGAGAGGUGGAGUAAGAUUUCUGAUUCACAGUUGAAGGCCGCCACCAGCAACGGCGGCAUCAGAUCUGCCAACUUCGAUGUGGUAGAUGCGUCGGACGUGCCGCUGAGGGGAAAGGGCCAGGGAUUAUUGGAGACUGCAUUAGAGGAGGCGCAGCAGGCACGGAAGGAGCUAUUUGAUCAGAACAGGAAGCUCAGGAGGGUUAUCCUGUCUACUGCCAACGAGAUACAAAGUAUCCAGCAUGCCGCACGCAAUUGUGUGUCGUCGGAGGGUGAAGACGAGCCCUUACCGCUUACCCUCACCACUCUCUUCCCGAUCUCACCGACAGAGGCAGCUGGAGACAAACUCAGCUUACUGUUGACUUCUCUUAGAGAGUCCAUCACGCGGUUAUCGAAGCCAUCGAGCACAUCAACUCCUUCCAGUACUCCCAUAAACGAAGCGAAGCCCAACGACUCCGCAGAAACUGAGCGUUUUCAGGCAGUUAUCGACACGCUGCACGCAGAGCUUGAACAAGCACAGAAGCAAUCGUCAGCCUAUGCAUCUGAGAUUCAAACGCUGUUCGACCACUUCACUCAAGACAAGAGAAUCAAUCAGGAAGACAUUGGCGAAAUCAGUGUUGACUUGAUGACUGCGCCUGCACGAGAUGAAGAGCGACAGCGGUUAGAGCUGCGUUUCAAAGUGCUCGACGAAGAGCGCAAGAAGUUCACGGAGGCAGCGGUGCGGCUUGGAAAGGAGAAGGCUGCGCUAGAGGCUGAACGCAUCAAAUUCCUGGAAGAAAAGCGUUCGUGGCAAGUAGAUAUGAUGCUUGCAGAACUGCCGCCAACACCAGGGCCAUCGUCGGAACCGGCUGUAGCAGCUCCGCCAUCAGUUCAAACUGCUGCUCCUCGAUCUCCUCGAAGAUCUCCGCGGAAGUCGCUUCACAAGCCCAAAGGCGCCCUGGCUGUCGGGAAGCCGGGCAGCGGAAAGAAGAUUCGCGUAUCGCGUCGAUCCUCUGGCUUCGGCGUGGGCUUAGGACGGGUCUCUCCGAAGAAGGUGUCCCCGCCAUUCGAGACGGAGGUGAUCCCGUCAUCACCGAAGCAGCUGCCUAAUUUCAAGACGAGCAUCGCGCUGGCGCACCCGCAAGCCCCGCUUCACGCACCGGCAUUCGUCCUGCCUCCUCCAUCGCCCGAGGCCGCCUUACCUCAGGCCAAUAAACUUCCAUCCUCGUUGAUACCCCCUCUUCCUAGGCUAGAUAUACCCCAGAAUCAGUCCGCCCUUGCUACGCCUGCCUCGCCGUCUGACGAGAAUUUAGAUGAAAAGGCACAACAAAUCUCCUCCGCAACUUCUCCUGUACCUGUGUCCCCUACAGCGAUCCCCAGCACGCCUAUCCUCCGUCGGCCCUUCCCCAUGGCGAAGCCGCUCGUUCCACACAUGGUGCAUGCCUACUCUCCCGUAAAGCCCAGUCCUCUAAGCCGAAUCCUGCUGCUCGCAAACUCUCCAGACAGUCCAGAAACGGACGUUCCUCGGCUAGGCUCUCUCGCGGAGGAAGAGGACGACGAUCUCGAAGUAUCUCCUACACCGGCAGCCAUUACACCUGUCACUGUGGCACUACCACCGGCUAUGAGCCUCGCUGCAGAGCUGGGCAUUGCUGACGACGAUGACGACGAGAGUCCUCUAAGGGAGAAAAGGGCCGAGCGGAAUGCCGCUGAGCCCAAAUCUGUCCACGCCGCAGUGCGACAGGCAGUGGCAAAAGGGAAGGGGAAAGCGCGCGCAGAGGUUUCUGCUGCAUCUCGAGGAACAGUCAUUCCCGGUGAAAAGGAAAACAUCAAGCGGGCGAAAUCCAGUACCUCGGGCACAACGGUGAAAGCUACUCCUCUUGUCCGAGAUGAGAAGAAGACAGCUAGACCCCCUCCAAAACCUUCAGUAGUAUCCGCUCGGACCAGGUUCACCAUUAAUAAGUUACCUCAAGGCAAGGGAGGUGCCAGGCGAGUCCCAAUCGAUAGCGCGGAGGCUGCCCCUGUAGGACCUGGAUGGAAGGGCUGA